AUGCUACCAAGCUCUGCUAUUACUUAUAUUGUCCUCUUGACUUUGGCUUUAACUUCUGUCCAAGGAAGGCCUUUUAACGGUAAUAAUAACGGCAAUAAUAACGGUAACGGAAAUAUAGGCGAUGGUAACGGAAACAACAAUGGUAACAAUAAUCUUG